GAAAAAAAAAAAGUUGUCCUUUUUCCCUCCAUUCCAAAACAGAGACGAAACCCAUGCAACUGCGUCUCUUCCCCUUCUCUUUUCUCUCUGGUUUUCAACUUUUAGCACCAGAAAACUCCAUUUUUGAGUAGACCAAAAAAAACCCAUCUUCCCAAUUCCAUUUUUUGCACUUUUCUUGGGCCAAUUCCAUCUUUGCUUGCUCUUUUUUCCGUUUCUGAUCAUCGUUUUUGCUAUUAAUUUAAGAAAAAGAGGCACUUGGAGUUGUUAAUUUCAGUAUUUGGGAAGUACCCAGAAUGGGAAAAUUCGAUUUUGGUUGGGCUUCGUUGUUGUUAGUUAUACUUGUUUGGAGUGUAAAUGUGGUAAGUGAAGGGGUAAUUAAAGUGAAUUCUAAGUUUGCUGGGUUGGAAAGGAAUUUGCGUGCCCUAAAAGCUCAUGAUGAAAUGCGCCAUCUACAUAUUCUCGCCGGUAUCGACCUUCCUAUCGGUGGAACUGGCCGUCCUAAUUCCGUCGGGCUUUACUCUGCUGAGAUUGGGAUUGGAACACCUCCAAAUAAUUAUUUUGUUCAAGUGGAUACGGGAAGUGAUAUAAUGUGGGUUAACUGCAUUGCAUGUCAAAGAUGCCCCAAAAGAGGCUAUCGUAAUAUCGAGAUAACACUCUACAAUCCAAGGGAUUCUCUCACUGGUAAACUCGUUGUUUGUGGUCAAUCAUUUUGCAAAGACUUCUACAGACGUUCAGGAUUAGGCUGCUCUGGUAAUAGUUCUUGUAUGUAUGAUCAAGCUUAUGGAGAUGGAAGCUCUACUAGGGGCUACUUCGUGGAGGAUGUUGUCCAAUACAAUAAGGUGUCAGGUGAUCUUCAAACUAAAUCAGGAAAUGGGAGUGUUAUUUUUGGGUGUGGUUAUUCACAAUCUGCUGACCUGAUCUCUUCUGAUGAAGCUUUUGAUGGGAUUCUUGGAUUCGGGAAAUCAAACUCAUCCAUACUUUCCCAGCUGGCUUCAUCUGGAAAAGUGAAGAAAAUGUUUGCUCACUGCUUAGAUGGUGUGAAUGGUGGUGGUAUUUUUGCCAUUGGGAAUGUUGUGCAACCAAAAGUGAACAUGACUCCUUUGGUACCUAACAAGUAUGUACAUUUUCCCAAAAGAUUAUAAAGCUUUUGAUUUGUUUACUGCUCUUUUUUGUUAAUUGUAAUAUUUCUCUCUGAACUAGUU